AUGCCCUCUCAACCCCCACUACCGCCCCUCCUCACAUCCUAUCUAUCAGACCAGCGCGAGUCUUCCCUCACCCUAGUAUCAUCAAUUCUGGGUGCAACUUCCAACUGGCUUGUUCUGAGGUACCUGUAUGCUGCACUUGGUACAUCUUCAAGCUCUAAUAUCUCCAUUGGAACCGAUGAGCUAUCCAAUGGCGCGAAGAGGAAGGUGGUGCUUGUGAGCUUCUUGCGGGGGUGGGAAUUUUGGAGAGCUGAGGCAAAACGAUUGGGUCUGGAUCUUGCACGUCUAGCAGACAAGCAACAGUUCGCGUUUGUGGACGGCCUAUCGGAGCUAUUCAAUAGCUCUAGCUCCGCCUCUAGUGCACCGAUCAAUACAGGGAGCACGGUGCGCACGACUCUUCCUCUGCGAUCUCAACCUGGCGCUGUGCCUGGGAGAGGACCCCCCUCAGCGGUAACACCUGGGCGGCCUGGAACAGAAAGUCUUCGCCAGAGAGAGCCUGGCGCCGUCAAGAAAUUACAUUUUACGGGGCAUGGAAUUGCCGCCUUGGAUGCCAUGGAAAAGGACGUUAUCUCCGAGAUCAAUCGCCAGAAGAGUUCUAUGACUGAUGGCGAUGAGAUGCUGUUGAUUCUCGACCAGCCAGAUUUCCUUCUCGCCGCCACUGGCGCAAGCAUGGGCGUCGGAGCUACGGAGAUGGCAGAGUGGGUGACGGGUUUACAACAGCAAGUGCACGCGACUGUCUUGACUAUGGCUGCUGAUUCCCCAUUGAUACAUAAUGCGUCUACAAGCGGGAAUCAGCUGUCUACGCCCAUAGAGACAGAACAUGCGGCAUUUGCUAUUGGCAUGGCCCACAGAGCGUGGUCCGUGAUGCAGCUUCGUACGCUCGAAACUGGUGCCGCGAGGGAUGUAAGCGGGGUGCUUAGGAUCAGUCGAGGUGGUGGUUGGACCGCCGAGGCAGAAGACAACCUGGGCGAGAGGGAGUUGCUGUAUUAUAUCCAACGAGAUGGCGGAGUGCGGGUGUUUGGGCGUGGCGAGUCCUGA